AUGAUUAUAAUGAUGACUUACUUGCCGAAUGGAAAGCAUUUCGCAUAUUUAUUUGCACAAAAACAACAACAAACAUCUGCAGUUUCAACACAACGGCAACAAUGCACUAAGUUAGUUAAAAAUGGAAUGACAAGAGAAAUGUAUCCACAAUUAUCAAUAGCUGAUGAAAUAUUUUUAUGUGCACCAAUUAGUACAGCAACAGUAGAACGUGAUUUUAGUGCAAUGAAUAGAAUAUUAACUGAUCUACGAAAUCGUUUAACAACAUAG